AUGGACGCCGCCGAGAAAGAGAAAAAUGUCCAUGUUGAGGAUUCCAGCAGCCGCCAGGGCGCCGCUCAACAUUAUGCAGAGGAUGGAAACGAUAGAAUGACAUUGACGGCUUUUCUUGCCAUUGUGGCUCUUGCUACACAGUUCAUCUCAUACAUCAACACUCUGCUCAUGCCGUCGACGAUUCUUAGCUACAUCAUCGCGGACCUGGACGCCAACCCCAACUAUCCCUGGAUCACGAUAAGCUGGAAUGUGUGUGCUUCUGUGCUGGUGACUGUUGGCGGCCGCAUGUCAGACAUCUUUGGCCGACGAUGGUUCCUGAUUAUAGCGUCAGUCAUUGCACUCUGCGGAGCAGUCGUUGGCGCAACCGGGAAGAGUGUCAAUCAGAUGAUUGGAAGCGGUGUGCUCUUCGGCCUUGGUGGAGGUAUCCAAGAAAUGUGCUACGCCGCCCUGCAAGAGAUUGUGCCGAUAAAACACCGCGUGCUCGCCAUCGGCUGUUUCGAAUUUGGUGCCGGCUGCAUCGCCCUCAUGAGUCCAUUGAUCGCCUACUCGUUGCUGGCUAAGACUGCGCUCGGCUGGCGAGCAGUCUACUGGUACAUAUUCUCCUUCGAAGCAUUCUCCCUCAUCAUGGUCGUCUGCUUCUACCAUCCACCAAACUUCCACACCAAGCAUUUACGAGACGGCAAGACGAGAUGGCAACUCCUACGACAGAUGGACUUCGUCGGCUUUGGACUUUUCUCUCUUGGAUGCAUUCUGUUCCUCAUCGGCAUCAACUGGGGCGGCAGGUCUUACGACUGGAACAGUGCUCCUGUUAUUGCCACGAUUGUCGUGGGAGCAUUGCUGCUGGUGGCUUUGGGCUUCUACGAGGCCUACGCUCCGCUGAAGUACCCUAUGCUUCCUGCAAAGUUCUUUCGGAAUGUCCGUGGGUUCACGGUGCUGUUGGUGGUUUGUUUCGUCGGUGGCAUGCUGUACUACUCGAUGAAUGUUUUAUGGCCAAGGCAGUCAGGCCUACUCUUCGUCCCAACCGGCAAGCCCAUCAUCGCUGGCGUAUACGCGAAUAUGGUAUCCUUUGGUACGAUCACCGCAGGCUUCAUUGUGUUGGCUUUCUGUUCGAAAGUUGGCCAUGAAAGGUGGCAACAGGUCGGAUUUAUGGUCGUCCAAACCGCACUCAUCGGGUCGUUAGCAAGCAUUGGCGUCAACGACAGGGUUCAGGCCAUUGCGACCAUUGUUGUUCUCGCUGCAACUAUUACACCACCGCAGCUUCUCUCCUUCGCGAUGAUAUCGAUGGGAAUCGAGAACCAGGUCGACAUCGGUCUGGCAAACGGACUCGCCAGCACAUUCCGUCUCAUGGGCGGCGCUGUGGCUACAGCGAUCUACAGCGCCAUCCUCGCGAACACUUUCGCAGAGAAGCUGCCAUCAAAACUGGAUCCUGUGAUCGCAGAAUACAACGUGGCAGACUCAGCCAUACCACUGCUGAUCCAAGCCGCGACGGUCAACACAGCUGACGCUUAUGCUGCGGUGCCGGACAUCACGGACCGACUGACUGCUGCUGCUGGACAGGCCGUGCAGUAUGCGUACGUCGAUGCGUUCAAGCUGGUAUACCUGGUGGCGCUGGCUUUCGGCGGGCUUGCAAUCAUCGCUGCUUCCUUUACGAAGACGAUUCCGAAGGAGCAGAAGACGAUGCAGAGAGCAAUCCAUAUGGAGAACGAGAGCGGCGGUGCUCGAGCUGCCGAGAGUGGAACCAAGGGUACAGAUUAG